AUGGCCUUUGGCUCCACAUUGGAUUUCCAGGCUGUCCUCCAGACUCUUUCGGUUCUACAUUGGGUCCCCCUCUAUGUGGUACUAGGAGCAAUCCCCAUCAUUUUUGUGCCUGUCCUGCUAUUCACCAAGUACUGGAUGGUGUCUGUGCUUACCUUAGGCUGGCUUCUAUAUGACUGGAAAACUCACAGUCAAGGUGGCAGGCGCUCAAACUGGGUGAGGAACUGGACCCUUUGGAAGCAUUUCCGGGACUAUUUUCCUAUUAAGCUGGUGAAAACUUGUGAGCUCUCCCCAAGUCACAACUACAUCAUUGCUGCCCACCCCCAUGGGAUCCUCUCCUAUGGGAUCUUUUGCAACUUUGGCACAGAGUCCACUGGCUUUUCUAAGAUUUUUCCUGGGAUCACCCCCUCUCUCGCCACCUUGGAAGGGAUUUUCUGGAUCCCAAUUGUCCGGGAGUAUGUGAUGGCAAAGGGCAUAUGCCCAGUGAGUCGCUCAGCCAUAAAAUAUUUGCUGACAAAGAUGGGCUCCGGCAAUGCUGUGAUCGUGGUGGUGGGAGGGGCCGCCGAAGCCCUCCUGAGUGUCCCUGGAACUGCCAAAAUCAUCCUGAAAAACCGCAAAGGCUUCGUGCGGCUGGCCUGCCAGACAGGGGCGUACCUGGUUCCUUCCUAUUCCUUUGGAGAGAAUGAUGUUCACAAGCAGGAGAUCUUUACUGAUGGCACCUGGCUGAGGUCUAUCCAGGGCUUCUGCCAGAGGAUAUCCAAGUGCAUCCUGGGCCUGAGUUUCUGCACAUUCCAUGGCCGAGGCCUCACCAGGAACUCCUGGGGCUUUCUGCCUUUCAACCUGCCCAUCACCACUGUUGUUGGGGAGCCCUUUCCAGUUCCCAAGAUGGAGAACCCAAGCCAGGAAAUAGUGGACAAAUAUCAUGUCCUGUACAUCAAGGCACUGCGGAAACUGUUUGAUGAGCACAAGGUCCGAUAUGGGGUCUCAGAGAGCCAGGAGCUGAUGAUCGUGUGAUAGGACCCCACAAGCAGCAGAAGGAGGGAUCCUGGGAAGGCCUUCUUCAAGCCAAGGUCACAGGAGCAGCCGAACCCAAACAGUGGCCAGUUAGAAAUGAGCACACACCCUCCUUCAGCCUCUUGGCACAAGGGCCGAGCAUGCCUAGCUGCUGCUGCCUUUGGGCUCUCUUCUUUCCUUUUUUUUCCCCUUAGGCGAUUGGGGUUAAGUGACUUGCCCAGGGUCACAC